GCAGAAGAUUGUGUUGUGGUCAGCAGUCCACGCCUCCGCGAUGCUGGACGAACAGAAACAAGAGCUGAACUGCUGAAGAAAUUAAUUAUGUCCUGUUUCAAGUCUUCUCCUGCACUUCACUACCCAGCUUGAAUGUGCUUACAAAAACGCAUCAGGACACUCCACUAAGAAGAAUGUGAAGCUGCUGAAACAGGUUAAACAUAAGAAUAUGGCAUCCAAAAUAUAUUCCAAUACUCAGCGAACAUCAUCUGGUACUCUGUACAUGAACACAUUUCACAGACGAACACCAAAACAUAGCAAGGUGAGAACUCAUUACUGCUCUGAGUGUGGAAAAAGAUUUACUCAACCGAGUACUCUCAGAAUACACCAGCGCAUUCACACAGGAGAGAAGCCGUAUCACUGCUUGGAGUGUGGAAAGCGUUUUAAUCAACAGAGUAAUCUCCAACAACACAAGCGCAUUCACACAGGAGAGAAGCCGUAUCACUGCUUAGAGUGUGGUAAGAAUUUUACCCGACAGAGGACUCUCAAAAUACACCAGUACAUUCACACAGGAGAGAAGCCGUUUCACUGCUCAGAGUGUGGGAGGAGUUUUAAUCAACAGAGUAAUCUCCAACAACACAAGCAUAUACACAGAGAACAGAAGCCGUAUUAUUGCUCAGAGUGCGGAAGGAGUUUUAAUCGUCAGAGUUAUCUCCAAGAACACCAGCGCAUUCACACAGGAGAGAAGCUUUAUCAAUGCUCAGAGUGUGAGAAGGCUUUUGCUGUACAGAGUCAUCUCCAAAAACACCAGCGUAUUCACGCAGAAGUUAAACGUUAUGAGUGCUCAGAGUGUGGGAAGAAUUUUACUGUACAGAGUACUCUCCGUCGACACCAGCGCAUUCACACAGGAGAGAAGCCGUAUCACUGCACAGAGUGUGGUAAGAGUUUUAACAGACAGAGCUCUCUCCAACAACACCAGCGCUUGCACACAGGAGAGAAGCCAUAUCACUGCUCAGAGUGUGGUAAGAAUUUUACUCUGCUGAGUAAUCUCCAAGAACACCGGCGCAUUCACACAGGGGAGAAGCCGUAUUACUGCUCAGAGUGUGGGAAGAGUUUUAGGCAUUCGAAGACUGUGAAGACACACAAGUGCACUAAGGACAGUGGUGGAAAUGGGCAGUAAUGAGUCUUACCUUAACAUAUUCUGGCAGUAAAAGUCUCCAGGGAAUAGUUUUUCCAGCCCAGAUUUCAAAUAACUCCUUUAAGAGAAAAAAAAAAUGUUGUUUUCUGCUGUUUCUAAAACAAGGGCAAAGAAUGAACUAUAUUUUCCUGUGCUGAGCAAUAGAGUCAAGCCUACAGCUUCUACACCUUCCUAUUAGGUGUAUAUUUCACAUAAAAAUAUUUUCUGUCUAAAAAAUUUUUUUUCAUGUUGUAGACCUGGAAAAAAAAAACGUUGAAUUAUGUUGAAAACAAUUGAGAAGCUUUACAUUCCAUAAGAUGUUCUUUUGUUUCUAAUUUAGUAUAUCU